CAUGGCCAUACACAAAUCUCUCCCCUUUGCUUUUCUACUCAUUUUGUUAGCCUUUCUUUCUUUCCAAGCAAAAUCAUUUGCAACAUCAGCACCAUCAUCCACACUCUCAGAAGUAGAGGCUCUCAUGAAAUGGAAAUCCAGCCUCUCAGCAUCACAAGCUCUCCAUUCAUGGUCUCUUCCUUCUGCUAAUUCUACCACCAACAUAAUCUCUCCUUGCAACUGGCCUGGGAUCUCAUGCAACAUCCUUGGAAGUGUCACAAGGAUAAGCCUACCGAGUCUGGGUUUGGAAGGUAAGCUCGAUAACUUGAGUUUCCCGUCAUUUCCAAACCUCCUUCAUCUUGAUCUCAGCGACAACACACUCAUAGGAACCAUUCCAGCCCAUCUUGCACCUCUUUACAAACUCACGUCCCUGAAUCUGUCUGCAAAUGAAAUAAUUGGAUCAAUACCUCUGGAAAUAGGGAAUCUUGUGAAUUUGAAUGAGCUUGACUUGUCCAUUAACCAUCUAGAUGGUUCCAUCCCUUCCACUUUAAGAAAUCUAACAAAGCUUUCCAUCUUGUACCUGGACCAAAAUCAAAUCUCUGGCUCCAUUCCUUCACAAAUCGGGAAUCUACAAGCUCUGGUUGAGUUGACAUUGUUCCAAAACAAUCUGACUGGUCCGAUCCCUCCUGCUUUGGGGAACUUGACAAAGCUAACUUUCCUCUACCUCUUUGAGAAUCAAAUUUCUGGUUCUAUUCCUCUAGAAGUUGGGAAUUUAAAGAGUCUCAAUGAGUUAGCAUUGUACAGUAACAAUCUAACUGGUCCCAUCCCUCCUGCUUUAGGUAACUUGAGCAACCUUAAAAAAUUGUAUCUUGGUUCAAUUCCACCAGAAACAGGGAAUCUGGUUAAUCUCAGAAAGCUUGACAUGCCCACUAACCUUCUAAUAGGUUCUAUCCCUUCCACUUUAGGAAACUUGUCCAUGCUCACUGUUCUUCAUCUGUACAAAAAUCAAUUCUCUGGUUCUAUUCCUCCAGAAAUAGGGAAUCUGGUUAAUCUCAGGGAUCUUGACAUGUCCAUUAACCUUCUAACAGGUUCUAUCCCUUCAACUUUAGGAAACUUGUCCAUGCUCACUGUUCUUCAUCUGUCCGAAAAUCAAUUCUCUGGUUCAAUUCUACCAGAAAUAGGGAAUCUGGUUAAUCUCAUGGAUCUUAAGAUGUCCAAUAACCUUCUAACAGGUUCUAUCCCUUCCACUUUAGGGAACUUGACCAAGCUUACUGUUUUGUACCUUGAUGACUGUCAAUUAUCUGGUUCCUUGCCUCAAGAAAUGACAAACAUGGCAAAUCUUUCUCAACUCCAGUUGGAUGGCAACAACUUCUCUGGCCAUUUACCUCAGUUAUGCCACGGUGGAUCUCUUGAAGUCUUCACUGCUUUCAACAACCAUUUCACCGGUGAGAUCCCAAGAACCUUCAGAAACUGCACUAGCUUAAGGAGAGUGCGACUCAAUGGAAACCGACUUGCUGCAAAUGUAUCGGAAGCCUUUGGUGUAUACCCUCACCUCAUAUUCAUGGAUGUCAGUGACAACAUGUUGUUUGGUGAACUCUCACCACAUUGGGGAGAAUGCCAAAACUUAACAAAGCUACAACUCUCCGGGAACAAUAUCACUGGUAGAAUUCCUCCUGAGAUUGGGCAGUUGGGGCAGCUAAGAGUGCUUGAUCUUUCGUCAAACCAUUUAGUAGGAGAGAUUCCAAAGGAAUUCGGGAGGCUGACUUUUUUGUUCAACUUGACUUUAAACGAUAACCAGCUUUCUGGUCAGUUACCACAAGAGAUUGGAAAUCUAUCCAAUUUGGAGAUUCUGGAUCUAUCAAUGAAUCACCUAAGUGGUCCAAUACCACCUCAAUUAGGGGAUUGCUCCAAACUCCAUUUUCUGAAAUUGAGUGAAAACGUUUUGAAUGGAAGCAUUCCUUUUCAGAUUGGUAACCUAGUAUACCUACAGGGCUUACUAGAUCUAAGUCAUAACUCCCUCAAUGGAAAGAUACCUCCACAACUCGCGAAAUUGGUUAGUCUGGAAAAUUUAAACCUCUCUCACAACAUGUUGUCAAGUUCCAUUCCGCCUUCUUUUGAUGGGAUGGUCAGCUUACAAUAUAUUGAUUUUUCAUACAAUGUUUUGGAAGGUCCUCUUCCUAGCAGCAAAGUCUUUCAGAAGGCUCUGGCAGAGGCAUUCAUAAAAAACAAAGGCUUAUGUGGUGAAGUGCAAGGUUUGCGACCUUGCAAUGCCUCUUCAAUAAGUCAUGGUGAUGCAAGGAAACGCCACAAAGUUGUGAUCCUCAUUAUUCUUCUCUUCUCAGUAUUGUUUCUUUUAUUUGCAAUUGUUGGCAUAAUUUCUUCCAAUUAUUAUCUAAGACGAAGAAGAAGAAUAGAGAAAGGGGUUCUUGAAAUGAGCAAAGGAAAUACAUUUUCAACAUGGAAUUAUGAUGGGAUUGCCACGUUUGAAGACAUUGCGGAGGCGACAGAGGGUUUUCAUGACAAAUAUUGCAUUGGAACUGGAGGGUAUGGGAAAGUUUACAAAGCAAAUCUACCAGCAGGCCAUGUAGUAGCUGUGAAGAAACUUCACCCACUCGAAGAUGGGAAUCAAUCUGAUCAAAGAAGUUUUAGGAAUGAGAUAAAAGCAUUAACGGAAAUCCGUCAUCGCAACAUUGUAAAACUUUAUGCCUUCUGUUCCCAUGCUCGAUGCUCAUUUCUAAUCUACGAGUACAUGGAAAGGGGAAGCUUGGCAAGCGUCCUAUGCAACGAUGAAGAAGCUGCACAGUUGGACUGGACUUUGAGGGUGAAUGUUAUUAAAGGUGUGGCUCAUGCUUUAUCUUACAUGCAUCAUGAUUGUACCGUGCCGAUUGUCCAUCGAGACCUAUCAAGCAACAAUGUUCUGUUGAAUUCAGAACUUGAGGCUAGUGUCUCUGACUUUGGAGCUGCACGAUUGUUGAUACCCGAUUCCUCAAAUUGGACUGCACUCGCAGGCACUUGCGGAUACAUCGCUCCGGAGCUUGCAUAUACAAUGAGGGUGACUGAAAAAUGUGACGUAUAUAGCUUUGGUGUUGUGGCACUUGAAGUGAUGAUGGGAAGUCAUCCUGGGGAGCUCAUCUCCUCUUUGUCAUCAUCAAGUGGACAAGAUACACUGCUAAAAGAUAUGUUGGACCAACGUCUCUCAGAUCCGAUGGCUGAUGUUGCACAGGAAGUCUUAUUUGUGGUAUCCAUGGCUCUUGCAUGCAUUCGGCCAGAUCCAGACUCUCGGCCAACCAUGCGACAUGUGGCUCAGGAGCUUUCUAUUAGAGGGCCUUCUUUCUCUCUACAGCCAUUCCAUGCAGUUACAUUACGUCAACUGAUGGAUCUGAAGGUAUAGUUGGGUGGAUGAAAAUCACCAAGUUUGUGGACAUGU